AUGUACCCUGCAGGCAAGCCUGCGCAUGAUAGCAGCGCCACCGUAAAGAAGGUCGUYGGUGGUAUUGUGAUGGUAGUUGUUUGUGUUGCUGUUGCUGCUUGUGUUAUUUACGCUAUCAAAAAGAUCGCAGAAUCAGACACGCCUCCUACAAAGGAGCCAMCUUCAAGGCAGGAUCUCUUUACCUUCCAAUAUGGCUGUUCUUGCAUCGAUUUGUUUAAUGUUUUUUCAGUGCGACAAUUCACCUCUAACAAAGCAGUCGGUCGAUAUGGUCCAACAAAASUACAUUACAAUGACGCAAGACUUGUCGAGGAAGUCACGGUAAAAAAAGGAAUCCAACASUGGACUGUUCCCGAAACUGGUCUWUGGAUUCUCGAAGCAAGAGGAGCUUCUGGUGCUGAUGGCUUACUUAAGGGUGGUACCAGRUUAGAAGGUGGAUGGGGAGCUCAAGUUCGAGGGAAGUUCAUCUUGAAGAAAGGGGAAGUCUUGAAGAUUCUUAUUGGUCAACAAGGGACACGUGACUUCCUACACCCCCAACGACCUGGAGGGGGUGGUGGUGGGACAUUUGUAGURAAGGGUGACAAACCUAUACUAAUCGCCGGUGGGGGAGGUGGUGGAGGGAUCCCGCCACCUGCAGCUUUUCAAAGCGAAGGRCAAGCAGGACGAAGUAAAGACAUCAGAGYAAAAGGCGACCAGGCAAGCGGUGYCCGUGGAAGCGGMGGRAAACUAUACGACACGAACGCUGAAAAACUAAUCGAUAAACCUUCGGGUGACCACAAAGUUAUUGCCGGGGCUGGUGGCGGCUUUAAAGAARACGGUGUUGGCUUCUACGYGAAGUGGGGUGGAAAGAGCUUUCUCCACGGAGGAACAGGAGGAGAAGCAASCCCUAAGUACUCCAAGUAUCCUCACGGCACAAGGGGCGAAGGAGGCUUUGGCGGUGGAGGGGCUGCAGGGCUCCUACCCGGCGCAGGUGGUGGGUAUUCUGGUGGAGGGGUAUCUGGUUGUUGGCUGGAAUGUAGUAAGGGAAACGAAGCUGGUAUAGCUGAGGGAGGGAGCUCUUUCAACAAGGGAACUGCUCCUCAUCACAAAGACGACGUCAACAAAGGUGAUGGUCGUGUCUAUGCUACGUUUGUGACUGGAGAUGAAUCUAUCUUAGCCUUGGUUGAAGACUGAGUUGUUUAACUGUCUUUUUAUUCUCCACAUCUUUGUAAUUAUGGCAAUUGCACGGUUAUCACUGGAUAUGUAAUGUAUUGACCUACAGUAUUGUYGAGAGUGGUGUUGCCGGAUUAAAAACCUACGCUUAUAAUUGACUUUGCUUUAGAGUGAUAUUAAGUCCAAAUGUGCACUCAUCCUUCCUCGCGUUUCGGUCAUGGGGGGAGGGGGGACUGACUCU